GGGGGCGGUCCGGGCCCGGCGCCUCUCGCCCCGGCGCAGGCGCUGCCGGGGGCCCGCGGCGGAGGGCAGCUCGCCCCGGGACGGCGGCUCCAUGCGCUGCCAGGUCUCGGUGCUGUAUUUCGCCAGGAGCGCGGAGCUGGCGGGGCUGCGCUGCGAGACCCUCUCGGUGCCGCGGGAGAUCACCUCUCUGCAGCUCUGGGAGGAGAUCGUCAAGGUCCACCCCAGGCUUGCUCUCAUCCGGGAUCAAGUGGUGUUUGCUGUUCGGCAGGAGUACGUGCUUCUUGGAGAUCAGCUCCUGGUCCUGCAGCCUGGAGACGAGGUUGCCAUCAUCCCACCAAUUAGUGGAGGCUGAACCUGCCCAGGUUCUGUUAGGUCUGAAGAUGUGAUUGCAAUUCUCUCCCUCCACCCCAGUACUCUUUUGAGAAAACUGAACUUGUGUUUCCGUCUGUGUGGUUCCAAUAACUGAAGCAAGUGUAAUUAUUGCAGUCUCCUCUCCGCACAGAGCAGAAUCCCUUGAAGCUGUAAUGUACUGCAUCAAUACCUUAAAAGCAUCUGUCCCUAUAUGGAAAAAGUACAGGGAUUGCUCUGGAUUUCACCCCCAGGAUUAUCACGCACCUCUCCAGUAGGAGCCUGACCAUAUAAGCCAAGCACUGAAAUCUGCAUUUCAUCCUUUGUGAAUUGGGAGCAACAAUCUGAAUUAUAGGUACACUGCAUUCCCCAAAAUAGUAUGCAUAUUUCCUCUCUUUUGCUUUCUCUAAGAUAAAAUUUGUUGGAAGAAGAGCUUUUGGUAUAGCCAUAUGUCAAUCUGAUUAACUGUCUAGCUGGAACACAUGGCCUUGGCAGUAACGCUAUUUCUAGAUCCAAAGUCUGUGCUUUAAGGAUUCAUCAUCAAUACUGCACAUCUGAUUUAUCAAAUACAAAUUCCCUGUAGCACAGCAACUGCUUCAGGCAUGCUGCUGGGAGUUAAGAAGAUGUGGGUGCCAAGGCCUAAAGUGAGGAAAAAAUGUCUGAGGUGAGGUCAAACUUGAAAAGUUGCCAGCUUUUAUGCUGAGUUGGAAAUAUCUCUCCUUGACCUAAAUAAACUGAUCUGCUGGGGGAAUAAUUCUGGUAUCCAAGAAAACAAAUUGUGAGAGAGUUUUGUAUACACAUUCUUUUCUGGAAUAGGCACUGCUAGAAAGGAAAAAAGAAAAUUCCUCUGAGAACUUCAAAAAUCAGGGGCAAUUACAGAAACAGUGAAGUUGGGUAUCACGCACCGGUAAAGAAGAUGAAGCAAAAAACAAGUUGUCUGAAAAUGUGGCCUGGAUUCUGGUGUUAUAUGCAUUUUCCUUUUUAUUUCUCAAUUUCACAUUGAAUGUUAGUCUUCUGUUUUUGCUGCUGACAAUGAACUGUUGUUUGCUGUUGGAAAAUAAAGUCCAUUGUUGUAAAUAGAGGUACUAGAA